UGCUUUUAAAAAAUUUCCUAAAAUUUUGAAGGGAACAAGAAUGCAUUGUGUGAUCAGGGUGGGGGAACUUUGUUUUUCUAAAGAGAUACUUUGAAGACAUACAUCUCACUGCAAGAGCACAAAGCAUCUCCGAGCUCCAUUUUCCAUUGGCCAAGGAGAUCCUUUCUGAGGCUUCCCUGAGCAGGAGGGCUACAACCUGCAGUUUUGAUGUGAGUUGGAACUCAGUGCAGGGUGUGUGAUCUAAAAAUAAGCAGAAAGACUCGAGUCAGUGGCUGCCCCAGUUUUUCCAGUUCUGACGAGGCACUUCGGUUAAUAGAGAUCAGAAGUUUUAAACCAGACAGGACGCGGUGGCUCACGCCUGUAAUCCUAGUGUGUCCGGAAUUGGUGGGUUCUUGGUCUCACUGACUUCAAGAAUGAAGCCGCGGACCCUCGCGGUGAGUGUUACAGCUCUUAAGGUGGUGCGUCUGGAGUUUGUUCCUUCUGAUGUUUGGAUGUGUUCGGAGUUUCUUCCUUCUGGUGGGUUCGUGGUCUCACUGGCUCAGGAGUGAAGCUGCAGACCUUCGCAGUGAGUGUUACAGCUCUUAAGGCAGCACGUCUGGAGUUGUUCGUUCUUCCCGGUGGGCUCGUAGUCUUGCUGGCUUCAGGAGUGAAGCUGCAGAUCUUCGCGGUGAGUGUUACAGCUCAUAAAAGCAGUGUGGACCCAAAGAGUGAGCAGUACCAAGAUUUAGAGCAAAAGAACAAAGCUUCCACAGUGUGGAAGGGGACCUGAGCAGGUUGCCACUGCUGGCUUGGGCAGCCUGCUUUUAUUCUCUUAUCUGGCCUCACCUACAUCCUGCUGAUUGGUAGAGCCGAGUGGUCUGUUUUGACAGGGCGCUGAUUGGUGCGUUUACAAUCCUUGAGCUAGAUACAAAGGUUCUCCACGUCCCCACUAGAUUAGUUAGAUACCGAGUAUGGACACAAAGGUUCUCCAAGGCCCCACCAGAGCAGCUAGAUACAGAGUGUCGACUGCUGCACUCACAAACCCUGAGCUAAACACAGGGUGCUGAUUGGUGUGUUUACAAACCUUGAGCUAGAUACAGAGUGCCCAUUGGUGUAUUUACAAUCUCUGAGCUAAGGCCCCACCAGAGCAGCUAGAUACAGAGUGUCCAUUGGUGCACUCACAAACCUUGAGCUAAACACAGGGUGCUGAUUGGUGUAUUUACAAUCCCUGAGCUAGAUAUAAAGGUUCUCCAAGGCCCCACCACACUCAGGAGCCCAGCUGGCUUCACCCGGUGGAUCCCGCACCGGGGCUGCAGGUGGAGCUGCCUGCCAGUCUUGCGCCAUGCGCUCGCACUCCUCAGCCCUUGGGUGGUCGAUGGGACUGGGCGCUGUGGAGCAGGGGGUGGCGCUCGUCGGGGAGGCUCGGGCUGCACAGGAGCCCACGGAGGCGGCGGAAGGCUCAGGCAUGGCGGGCUGCAGUCCCGAGGCCUGGCCCGCGGGAAGGCAGCUAAGGCCCGGCGAGAAAUCGAGCACAGCGCCGGUGGGCCGGCACUGCUGCGGGACCCAGUACACCCUCCGCAGCCGCUGGCCCGGGUGCCAAGUCCCUCACUGCCCGGGGCCGGCAGGGCCGGCCGGCUGCUCCGAGUGCGGGGCCCGCCAAGCCCACGCCCACCUGGAACUCCAGCUGGCCCGCAAGCGCCGCACGCAGCCCCGGUUCCCGCUCGCGCCUCUCCCUCCACACCUCCCUGCAAGCUGAGGGAGCCGGCUGUGGCCUUGGCCAGCCCAGAAAGGGGCUCCCAUAGUGCAGCGGUGGGCUGAAGGACUCCUCAAGUGCCACCAAAGUAGGAGCCCAGGCAGAGGAGGCACCGAGAGUGGGCGAGGGCUGCGAGGACUGCCGGCACGCUGUCACCUCUCACCAGCACUUUGGAAGGCCGAGGUGGUCUGACCAGACAACUCAGCUCCAUAAUGUGUCAGUCAACAAACUGUUAAGGACCAUUUGAGGAAGAAAUAUGAAUUCCAGUUGUUGUCUGAAAAACUCCCAUUGACACUUCUGGUUCCAAAGGCCCCUAGGGAAAACUGGACUUCGGGUGCAGCCUAGCCGGGGUGAUGGAUGAACAGUGACAGCUCCUGCCGAAGAGUAAACACAGAGAAAUAUAGGUCAGUUCCGACAGCCAAGCCCCCAUCCGCUUGUUUUACCCCAAAGCCAAUCUUGUCAACUUGAUCUUCUGCCCUGAACUUCAGCUGUCCUCCGGAUGUUCUUGUGUUUCAUGAAUUAUGCAGACUUGACAAAAUGUGUGCUGCAAAGAUUAAAAUCUCUGUUCUUUUUAUUGG